UCUUUUGUGCAUUCUUCUUAUCCGCCAUAUUCUAGCGUCAGUGUCUGCGAACAAAGACUAGUCAAUAAAGAACGGUAUUCUUUUUCUUGUGUUUAAGAAUAAGAAAAAACAUGGAAUCGGAUUAUUCUUAUGUUGAAGAAGUUGACUCAAAAUCUGUUAUCACAGCAAAUAUAAUAAAUUUCAGAAGAAAAAAAAUUGACGAGCUAGCACACGAAUUGAGGAGCCAGCCAUCAGAAUCGGAGAUAAUAAUUUUGGAUACGGACAUUGCCCUCAAGCCAGAAACUCUACAAGUUCGGUUGAAGGAAGAAGAUGAGUAUGUUGAGAUCGAAAACAACCAAGUUUGUUAUGAUGAUACGGAUUUCGUCGAUGUGGAUGGAAAUUCUUAUAAAUUAUUGGAAACGCAGGUUGAAGCCGAGAUUGGAUCCGAAUUUCUUGAUUUCGUGAAUUCUGAGCUUGAGGAAGGAGAAAUAAGAGAUGGAAAUAAUUUCGAGUUAUUGAAACAAAAAUUCCCUUUCAGUAGUGGGCAUGGUGUACAAUUCGAAUGUCCUAUCUGUCAGAGAACCUUCUCACAGAAGGGAAAUUUGUUUCGGCAUUACCAAACUCACACAGGGGAUAGACCUUUUGCCUGCAGAUUAUGUGGCCACAGAUUCACUCAAAAAUCAAAUCUCCAAAAGCAUCUUGCCACACAUAAUGGGGAUAAAAGGUUUGAGUGUGGUGUGUGCAAUAAAGGUUUUGUACAAAAGGCUAAUCUUAUAAGGCAUCUACGGAUCCAUACUGGUGAGAAGCCCUUCCAAUGUGAUUUAUGUGGUCAUAAGUUUACCCAAAAGGGCAAUCUCAAUAAACAUAUGCAGCUGCACACAUCUGACACUGAAAGUGUUUGCGAUUUCUGCAACUGUAAAUUCUCAUCAUAUACAGCUAAAAUGAGACAUGAGACAAGUGUGCACAGCGAGAAAUUUCCUGAUUACGAAGAGGAGGAUGAACAAAAUGUAAACCAGUGUGACGAAUGCCCUGCUUCAUUUAGAACCAAACGGGCUCUUGUCAAACACAAGAAAUACCAUAAAUAAUUAUUUCAGGUAUUGGUUGAAUCGAUGCCUAUACCUAUAUUGUAAAUGUUUUCCUCCAGUUCGAAAAUUUAUCUUCAUAUUGGUGACAUAAUGAAUUAUGUUUUGUAUAUAUGUGUUAAUAAAUUUGCUUUUAUUGUUA